GCCAUUUAAAUCCCUCUUAAAGGGGAAUGACACGCUGUGUUGAGCUUUGCAGCGUGCGAAGUGUAUAAUUUUGCCUUAAUAAAGAGCUUAUAAUAGUAGUUUUAAUGAGGAUGUAUGUCCCGUUGGGUUUGAAAUGUGUUUAACUUGUAUGCACCGUGUUUCUGCAGAGAAAACUCGCAAGGGGGGGGAAAAAAAAUAGCAGGUGGGGGAGGAGCUCUAAACGUGCUGGAGUUUGGUGUGCUGUUUCUGAUGUUUACUUCUUAAUAGAGCUGCAACUAAUGACUAUUCUGAUGCCCCUUGAGCUCCAGACAAAAAUAAAUGAGGUGAAAACCAAUGAGACCAUCCGGCUCCUUCGAGCCCUCUGGGCCACCAACCCCUCCCCCCGAUGGUCUCCUGCUUGGACCUGGAGGAAGAGCUACAGGAGCAUGCCACAGACGAUGUCUCCCCCCCCCCCCCCCCCCACCACAGUCCCCAGAGCCCACCUGCGGAGACCCAAACUGUAUGGAGAGGCAUAUAAUUCAGAAGAGGGAGAACGAGACUCUUAGGUCUGAGAAAAGACAGCUCGUUGAAGAAAUUAAUGGUCUUCGUGCCAAGGUGCAGAUGUUGGAGCGCCGCCUAAGGAGGUACAGGGCCAGCCGCCCCUCCAGAAGGAGAGCUCAGUAUGAAGAAGAGGAGGCCGGGCCAUCCCACCGGGUGCCCUUACCUGAGCCAGCCCAGCAGGAGGACCAGCCAGCCCAGAUGCACCAAAUGGCUGUGAAGAGGGACAAAUCAGAUAAGCUGCCCCCUCACGAGGUAAUCAAAGCCUGCCUCAACCGGGCAAGGCAGAGGAUCCCGGAGCUGCUGGGUAAGUUCCUCUUGUGUGUAAAAACAGGUCAAAGAACACAUAACGCUGAAAACAUUCGGGGAAGCCCAGAUGUUCUUCACCGUCGAGGAGUUCAAGUGGCUACAGCAGUGGUUGGCCAUUAAAGCCGCCCUGAAAGGGAGGGAAAAAAACUCGUUUCUCCUAUUUACAAAGGGCAAGGGGCCAUCAAAGAAUUUAAACACCUACAUGCGCCUGGCCUGGCGGGAGAUGGGGCUCCAGGGUGAAAUCAAUUUCACACUAAUUAGGACGGCAAUCGCCACCUAUGCCAAGCAGUUAAGCAAGCCGACCGACGGAAAGAAGGUUGCCGAAUUUAUGUGCCACGACACCCGCACGGCAGACAAGUUCUACGCCAGAAACCCCGACAUAACUGAGGCCUCUGCCAUACGCCAGAUCUUUACAAGCAGCCUGGAGGAGCUGCCCAGCACCUCGGUGACAGCUGGGACCAAGAGGAAGCGCCGGACUGAGGAGAAGCAGCCGAGACAGAAAAGGAUCUCUUCCACUUAUUUGAGGCUGACCAGGGCAGCAGCCCGAACUAAAUAUUCCGCCAUGCAUAGCCCGGUAAAAGUGCAGCAGAUGAAAGAGGUUUCAUCUAAAAUAAAGAGCACGAUAGCAAAGAGAAGGCAGCGGAUGAAAAUGUAGUGCAUCAUUACAUUUGUAAAUAGUUCAUUUAUGUCUGUUUUUCAAACACAUUUUUCUACGUUGUUGUAAAUAGUUCAUUGAUUUGUUUAUUUUAUUUAGUUUAUUUUUACA